CACUCAACAAUCUAUAUUUCUUUAUCUAUUUUUUUCAUAAUUAAUUAAAUGCAUUAGUUGAACUGUGGUGAACUUUUGGAAUUGGCUUAUCUAUGUUGAUCAUGUUUCUUCAUUCAUUUGGUAGUUUGAUAUCAACCAGAUGACACGAUCUGGUGGAUUUAGCUUAGGAGAAACUUUUCAAUCUAGCCUUCAGCAACAGCAACUGCAUACUACCACAACCCAUAGUUUGAGCCUGCCAAGGGUCUUUAUAAAAUAUUUGUUUCUCCAUGGUCUGAUGAGCCUGCCAAGGGGGAGCUUGAGUACUGCAGUCCAACAUGUUAUUAUGCCAAAACACCAGUACCUCUACAUCAACUGCAUUUCUCCAAAUUUCAGCUAUCAACCUUGUUUUAUGUCUUCUACAGAAUGUUGGAAAAGGUUGACAUGGAAGAAUCAGCAAGUGAAAAAGAGGAGUCCAAUGAAAUUCUACAAGUUGAAGAUUUUGAUGGGGCUUGAGUUGACAAUAAUUACUUGCAAUCCUACAUGGCAUGAACCACCAUCACAAGUUCCUAGUCUUUUGACAAUUGUUCAUUAGCUGUAAAUGAAGUUUAUUUAUUUAUUUGUAUUGGGAUAACUUUUAUUUGAAUAUUAGACAUGUUUUUUCUUUUGUGAUUGUAAUAUAAUUCUUGUAUAAGUAA